AUGGGUUUUGAAGCUAUUAUAAGAUCAUCAAAGAAAGGAGAUGAUGGUGAGGUGAAAAAUGCGUCAUUGGCUUGUUGUUGUAGUGGGAAGUCCAGUAAUUUGUCCAGAAAUGCCUUUAAAAAGCAUGUAGUGACAAAAACUAAUUGUAAGGCUCCGGUUAAUGCAUCUGUACAUUUUGAUGGAAAAUGGAAAAUAUGUUCAGUUGUCUUUGAUCAUAACCAUGAACUUAGUAGUUCUGGCAAAACAAGAUAUUUCAAAAGCAAUCGAAUAAUACAACCGUCUGUGAAAAGGAAGCUGGAAGUGAAUGGUAGGGCUGGGAUUAGACCAAAUAAAAAUUUCAAUUCCUUGUACAUUGAAGCAAGGGGUGUUGAGAAUUUUUCUUUCCUACAGAAAGAUUGUAAAAAUUACACUGAAAAGUUUAGGAGGCUACAACUUGGUGGUGGAGAUGCUUCUGCACUCCAAAAAUAUUUUCUGAAAAUGCAAAAUGAGAAUUCAAAUUUCUUCCACAUAAUGGAUUUAGAUGAAGAGGGUUCAUUAAAGAAUGUUUUAUGGGUGGAUGCAAGAAAUAGGGCCAUAUUUAAAGAAUUCGGUGAUGUUGUGACAUUCUAG